UUCCAGUAAAGAGAACAUUAUUUAUAAUGUAAGAAGAAAUCUAAAAAUUAUAUUUGUUGUUAUUGCUAUAUUUUGUAAAAACAAAUGGCUACUAUUAGUACAAGAGCCAAGUCCCCAACUCGCACUGAAGCCAUAGCUAUGGCUCUUAAACCAGGACCUAUUUACAACACUGGAGUGCUUUUAGGGAAUUGGGUAGAAGAUAGGAUAGAGUGUCCCAGAGGAGGAACACUUUAUUUUCCACCUACAGAAGAAAUCGAUUACGAUAAGUUAAAACCUGAAUCAAGACAACCUGAUUUUCGAUUCAACAAAUUAAAUAGUUUACAGGGUAAUGUGCACUCAAUAAUCAAACAUGAUAGUCACGAAACUUGCGGAAAUUUUGCGACUACAACAGACUUGGUGUAUAAUGUUCUACCAAAACCGCUUUGUGGACCUAUCAUGCGUUAUUACAAAAGAAGUGCGCACCAAUUUUAUCCUCAACCGGAUCUUACGAAGUGUUUUGGUAAUGUAACCGAAUGGGGCUUGAAAAAAGGGCUUGAGCACGAGUGGGCCUGUACCGAUGUCUCGGAUUAUUCAUCAACCCUUUACGAAGACACCUACGUACCUCCCAUGCCUCAUCAGUACUUACAACAUUGUGAGAGAAAGGCUCGAAAUUCGAGCUUCACAAAAAGUUUUCUCUAUAAGAUGACAAAAUCAAAACAAUGA